GUGCAUUGUGGGAAGCAAUCCGUGUCUCUGCGUCGCAUCAUUUUUCUAUGAAUGUGACCCAAAAAUGUGUCGUUUGUUCAUUUUAGAAUAAUUUAUUAGUUUGACAGAGGCGUUUUUCAUCCACCGCGGUCAGCAGGGAGUCAAACAUGGACGCCGGAGAAGGUGUCAGCGCUGCCACGCCCACAGAAGAGAUGAACGGAGCCGGAAACCUGAUGGAUUUCCUGGACGAGCCUUUUCCCGACGUGGGCACGUACGAAGACUUCCACACCAUCGACUGGCUGAGGGAGAAGUCCAGGGACACUGACCGCCAUCGCAAGAUCACCAGUAAGAGCAAAGAGUCCAUCUGGGAGCUGAUCAAGAGCCUACUGGACGCCUGGUCAGGAUGGGUGGUGAUGCUGCUCAUCGGACUCCUCUCAGGCACUCUGGCCGGCGUGAUCGACCUGGCGGUGGACUGGAUGACGGACCUCAAGGAGGGCGUGUGCCUUUCGGCCUUUUGGUACAGCCACGAGCAGUGCUGCUGGACGUCCAACGAGACGACGUUCGACGACCGCGACAAGUGUCCGCAGUGGCAGAAAUGGGCCGAGCUGAUGACCGGCCACGCUGAGGGGGCGGGCGCAUACGUGUUGAACUACUUCCUCUAUGUUCUGUGGGCUCUGCUCUUUUCCUUCCUGGCGGUGUCGCUGGUGCGAGUGUUUGCGCCGUACGCUUGCGGUUCAGGAAUCCCAGAGAUCAAGACGAUCCUCAGCGGCUUCAUCAUCCGGGGCUACCUGGGGAAGUGGACCCUGCUGAUCAAGACCGUGACCCUGGUUCUGGCGGUGUCGUCGGGCCUCAGCCUGGGGAAGGAGGGUCCUCUGGUCCACGUGGCCUGCUGCUGCGGAAACCUCUUCUGCAGCCUCUUCUCCAAGUACAGCAAGAACGAGGGCAAGCGCAGAGAGGUGUUGUCGGCGGCGGCGGCGGCUGGAGUGUCGGUGGCUUUUGGAGCGCCUAUCGGAGGAGUUUUGUUCAGCCUGGAGGAGGUCAGUUAUUAUUUCCCUCUGAAGACGCUGUGGCGUUCCUUCUUUGCCGCUCUGGUCGCCGCCUUCACGCUGCGCUCCAUCAACCCGUUCGGAAACAGCCGCCUGGUGCUGUUCUACGUGGAGUACCACACGCCGUGGUACAUGGCCGAGCUGGUGCCGUUCAUCCUGCUGGGCGUGUUCGGAGGCCUGUGGGGGACGCUCUUCAUCCGGGCCAACAUCGCCUGGUGCCGGCGGAGGAAGACCACGCAGCUGGGGAAGUACCCGGUGCUGGAGGUCAUCGCCGUGACCGGGAUCACCGCCGUGCUGGCGUACCCCAACCCGUACACCCGGCGCAGCACCAGCGAGCUCAUCUCGGAGCUCUUCAACGACUGCGGCGCCCUGGAGUCGUCCCAGCUCUGCGACUACAUCAACAACCCCAACAUGAGCCGGCCGGUGGACGACAUCCCGGACCGGCCGGCCGGGCCCGGCGUCUACAACGCGCUGUGGCAGCUAGCCCUCGCCCUCAUCUUCAAGAUCGUCAUCACCAUCUUCACUUUCGGCAUGAAGAUCCCCUCGGGCCUCUUCAUCCCCAGCAUGGCGGUCGGCGCCAUCGCCGGGCGGAUCGUCGGCAUCGCCGUGGAGCAGAUGGCGUACCACCACCACGACUGGAUCAUCUUUAAGAACUGGUGUCGGCCCGGCGCCGACUGCGUCACGCCCGGGCUGUACGCCAUGGUGGGGGCGGCGGCCUGUCUGGGCGGCGUGACCCGGAUGACCGUCUCCCUGGUGGUCAUCAUGUUCGAGCUCACCGGCGGCCUGGAGUACAUCGUCCCCCUGAUGGCGGCCGCCGUCACCAGCAAGUGGGUGGCCGACGCCUUCGGGAAGGAGGGCAUCUACGAGUCACACAUCCAGCUCAACGGCUACCCGUACCUGGACGUGCGGGACGAGUUCACCCACCGCACGCUGGCCACCGACGUGAUGCGGCCGCGCAGGAACGACCCCCCGCUGGCGGUGCUGACGCAGGACAGCACCACGGUGGAGGACGUGGAGACGCUCAUCAAAGACACGGACUACAACGGCUUCCCGGUGGUGGUGUCCAGAGAGUCGGAGAGGCUCAUCGGCUUCGUGCAGCGCCGGGACCUCACGCUCGCCAUCAAGAACGCCCGCCAGAAGCAGGACGGCGUGGUCAGCAGCUCGGUGGUCUACUUCACCGAGGACGCGCCGCAGCUGCCGGCCAGCAACCCGCAGCCGCUGAAGCUGCGCCGCAUCCUCAACCUCAGCCCCUUCACCGUCACCGACCACACGCCCAUGGAGACGGUGGUCGACAUCUUCCGCAAGCUGGGCCUCCGCCAGUGUCUGGUCACCAGGAGCGGACGCCUCCUGGGCAUCAUCACCAAGAAGGACGUCCUGCGCCACAUGGCUCAGAUGAUGAACCAGGAUCCAGAGUCCAUCAUGUUCAACUGACCGAGCCGCCGGCCGACGCCGUGGUGUAAAUAGGCGAAAGAGGUGCGACGCUCCAGUCCCGCUGCCCCCCUGCUGACCCCCCGCCGCCCGGCUGCACCCUGGGGUCCAGAGUUCACACACUGAAAACAUCCACGGCGGCUGCCAAGAGUUUUAUUUUACGUCCAUCUCGAGCUUUUUAAUUUCAGGUUCACUUCGAACAUUUGAAAAGCUGCACCGCGAAACGUCCGAUAUAUCGAUGAUUAACAGGUCAAACCUCACUUUAAACUGGUGAGACUGGACAGAGUCCCGCAUCUCACUGAACUCUCACUUGAUCUUUAACCGUCUCAUGUUGAAUACAACACUGUUUGUUGUCUUGAAGCAGUUCAGAUAUCUUUGACUUACGUGUUUUUUUUUUUUUUUAUGUACAGCGACAUGAAAUCUCAUCUCUGAAGCCCGGAAGUAUAAAAUGACCACAGUCAGCUUCAGUUCCGUUGAAAUGAAACAGCAUUAUUCUGUUCAGAAAGGUGUAAACCUGAAAUCCCGCUCAGUGACAUUAUUUAAAUUUCUGAUUGCGACUUGGAUUCAAACGGGUCGAUAUUUAUUUCUCAUCCUGACAGAAGCUACAUGUCCUUUAUAUGCAGCUCAAAGGUCCGUUGCACCUUGUUUUUCAUAUGUGGCUGCCAUAUUUAUACGACUCCUGCCUGCGUCUGUGUUUAUUGUCACACGUGGGUCGGACCCUUGAAUCUCCUCCUCCGUGUCGCUCUGCCUGCAGGAGGCUCAGCUGUUCCUCGCCGCUGCUCUGCAUUGUCUGUUAGUAACUUGCGCUGAACGGUUUCAGAGUCAGGCUGCCACCGGCCGCAUUGUUUUGCAGGGACACGGAGGGGAAGUUUGAGCUCAAGCACCUUCCACGACAUGAAACCGUCUUUAGUUCUCAGCUUUUCUCUGUAUGUGUCUGAUGCGGGGGUGAACUGCUUUAUAGACUCACUGGGGUUUUGUUUUUUUUAAGUUUAUAUUCUGAUUGCACAUUGACCUCACUCCCUGCAGUGGUUUUCGUGUUUUAAUACCAGUUGUAGUGAAAGUUUUAACUUUAUUGGAGUAAAGCUGCGAACACCUCAUGCGAACUGGAAGACUUUAAUGAAGAAAAUGGUUUGUUUUUAAAUGCCAAGAGAAUGUACUUAUGUAUAUAUUGAAGAAUUACUGUGAGCGUUAUUUAAUCUGUUCUCGUCUGAAAAGCACUAAUGUGAAGCUCUGCUUGUUUUGUUUUGUUUUUUUAAUUUGAUAUCCGAUGCAGAAAUCACACACCCGCACUUUUGUUUCUGUGACUGUAAAAUAAAACCCUUGAAUUGAGCUCA